UGUCUCACAGAACCGGCACGAGCAAGUUUCAUACAUGCGCUAGAGAAGCCUCCAUUCAAACGGAAACCUUUCUGGAACUUUAAAAGCGUACUUAUUUCCGAUAUAGGUGUUGUCGUAGAUAUAUAUCUUUUGGCGCACUAAUUUCUUUAUGUUAGUGUAGACAGUUUUUGAAGGGAUAUUUUUUAAUCUGUUUAAUUUUUCCUUAUCCCGCGCGCGCUAUCGCAGAGAACCGUUAGUGAGCGCGCGCGCGCUAAUUAGCUUACCGGCUAAAAGGAAGUAUUUUCUUCUGGACCGACUGUCGUAACGUGUGAAUGUUCCCCUGCCUACCUGCAGUCACAGUUGCACAAUGGCUGGUUGCACCGUCUGCUUGAUAGCCAAGCACCACAACAACAGCAAAAAAUCUAGUAUAAUUACUGGAUAGCAAUAAAUCUUUGGUUAUACCUCUAGUUUACUUUAAUUUCUGGUCAGUCCCAGAUUUUUACAAAUUUGCACUGCUGAAUCUCAGUAACUCGGCUUAUAGAAAAGCUAUUUAUUUAUUAUUAUUAUUUACAUAAUACCUCUUGAAUUUAUCAGCUGCUGUUUAAAAGUAGCCUUAUCGAAAAAAUUUUUUACAUUACUUUCCCUUAAAAUUGUGAAGUAAUUCCAACACAAUCUACAAUCAUGGUUUCACCAACUACAGCCGCAGUUAUUUUGGCUACUGCUGCAGCAGUCAUGACAGACACUCCUAUGACAGACUACAUGUGGCUGCUGAUCGUUGGCUUCAUCAUUGCAUUCGUCUUGGCCUUUUCCGUGGGUGCGAAUGAUGUAGCAAACUCAUUUGGUACAGCUGUUGGCUCUGGGGUUGUGACCCUGCGACAGGCCUGCAUUCUGGCUACGGUGUUUGAGACUCUGGGUUCUGUCCUUCUCGGGGCAAAAGUGAGUGAAACCAUCCGCAAAGGUAUCAUCGAUGUGGGCAUGUACAAUGGCUCUGAGCAUGUGCUGAUGGCUGGAUCUGUCAGUGCCAUGGUUGGUUCUGCUGUAUGGCAGCUGGCUGCCUCUUUCCUUAAGCUCCCCAUUUCUGGAACACACUGCAUUGUUGGAGCUACAAUUGGCUUUUCGUUGGUCGCUAAAGGUCAGCAAGGAGUCAAGUGGCUUGAGCUUGUUCGAAUAGUUGCUUCCUGGUUCCUGAGCCCCCUUUUGUCUGGAAUAAUGUCGGCUGUGGUUUUCUACUUUGUGCGCAUGUUCAUCUUGCAAAAGAAAGACCCUGUGCCUAACGGCCUGAAAGCUCUGCCUGUCUUCUAUGCCGUGACCAUGGGGGUCAACCUGUUCUCCAUCAUGUACACUGGAGCGCCGGAGCUGGGAAUUGACAACAUCCCUUGGUGGGGGAUCCUGCUCAUCUCAUUGGGCUGUGCUCUGCUGACUGGCAUUGUGGUCUGGUUUGUUGUCUGCCCUCGCCUCAAGAAGAAGAUUGAACGAGAUAUCAAGUCUUCCAGCCCCUCGGAGAGCCCCCUGAUGGAAAAGAGAGAGCUCAAAGAGGCCCACUGUCCCAUCCUGAAGCAGACUGCCAAGGAGACGUCUACACCUGCUGCGCCAGCUGUCACUCAAAACUCCUCUGAACCUCAGCUGGUCGUUGAGGAGCGGAGGGUGGCGUUCGACAUUGGAGAGUCUGAGGAGGGGGAAACUAAUAAGGAGCGCAAGGUUGCUUUUAACAUUGGGGAUUGUGAUGACACAGAUGACUGCAAUACGAACGCCCAGAAACAGCCUCAAACAAACGACCAGCUCCAGCUCAACAACCAGCAUGGUAACGGCUCUGCAAAUGCUCCCAGCCAGGUCCACUUCAACAACCAAGCUCAGUUCAACAACAGACCGGCUCAGAUCCCCAGCAAUGGUUACAGUCAGUACCACACGGUCCACAAGGACUCUGGCCUCUACAAAGACCUGCUGCACAAACUCCACCUGGCCAAGGUUGGCGACUGCAUGGGCGAGGUGGGUGACCGGCCCAUCCGAAGAAACAACAGCUACACCUCGUACACUAUGGCCAUCAUCGGCCUACACGGUGACUUCAGGCACAAAGAGGCGGACCCCCGCGUUGGCGAAGAAGGCGACAAGGCCCCGGGGUCCGGUGGUCAGGAAAAGAAGCGUGUGCGCAUGGACAGUUACACCAGCUACUGCAACGCUGUAGCAGAGAACACAACUCCUGAAGCUCUGGGAGAAAGUGAUGUAACACUAGAGAUAGGAAACGAGGAUGCGGGCAGCAACCAUAGCUCUCUGGAUGACAGGCACGAAGAAGACAAACCUGAAGUCUCCACUCUGUUUCAGUUCCUUCAAAUCCUCACAGCUUGCUUCGGAUCUUUCGCCCAUGGUGGAAAUGACGUGAGCAAUGCCAUUGGACCUUUGGUAGCUUUGUGGUUGGUUUAUUCAACGAGCAGCGUGACCUCUAACGCACCGACACCCAUUUGGCUUCUGCUGUACGGCGGCGUGGGCAUCUGCAUCGGCCUGUGGGUGUGGGGUCGCAGGGUGAUCCAGACUAUGGGCAAAGACCUCACCCCCAUCACGCCUUCAAGUGGUUUCAGCAUCGAAUUGGCCUCAGCCCUGACUGUCGUGGUUGCUUCUAACAUUGGUCUGCCUGUCUCAACCACCCAUUGCAAGGUGGGGUCGGUGGUGGCAGUGGGAUGGCUGCGUUCGAGGAAGGCCGUGGACUGGCGCCUGUUCAGAAACAUCUUCAUGGCGUGGUUUGUGACCGUUCCCAUCUCCGGCCUGAUCAGCGCCGCCAUCAUGGCCAUCUUCAUCUACGCCAUCUUUCCGAUUUAAAUGUCGCUUACCUCAGGCUGACGACAACGAAAGGAAAAACGUUUGAAAAGGACUUAUGAUAUGUGCCUGUGGUCCAUAUUCAACUUGGCUUUUGCUAUUCUUUUUGGAAUAUCUUUUACGUUCAUUCUUUUACAUAUCUCAUCAUUUCAUUUCUGUAAAUUCUUGAUCUUUU